AUGUCGGUGUCAAUCGAGAAGAUUUUUGCAGCCUCGCCAGCUACAACUCGAGGACAGCCUACCCAGCUGUCCACCGACGCGAAAGGCGAAAGGAUAGCUUAUGCUUCUGGAAAAUCCCUCUUUGUGCGAUCGAUCGACGAGCCUUCCAAUAGCAAACAGUACACAGGCCACACCGCCCAGACGAGCGUUGCCCGAUUCUCGCCAAGCGGAUUCUAUAUUGCCAGUGGAGAUGUCUCUGGUUCGGUCCGUGUAUGGGACUCUCUAGAAGCUGUCAACACAAAGGGCGAGUACCACAUCAUCUCCGGACGAAUAAACGACAUAGCGUGGGAUGGCGACUCGCAACGCAUCAUUGCGGUGGGCGAUGGGCGUGAGCGCUUCGGCCACUGCAUCACCGCUGAUAGCGGGAACAGCGUGGGAGAGGUGUCUGGUCAUUCGAAGGUCAUCAAUUCUGUCGCCAUGAGACCCAUGAGACCGUUCCGAGCUGCCACCGUGAGCGACGAUAUGGCCAUGUGCUUCCUCCAUGGCGCUCCGUUCAAGUUCAACUCCAAGUCGGCGGGUAUCCACAAAGGAUUCGUGUUGGGAACGGCAUUCUCUCCAGACGGCAACACACUGGUUACCGUCGGAGCGGACAAGCGGAUUCAACUAUACGACGGGAAGACUGGUGAGCCCACCAAGACGAUCGGCGAGGGUGAGCAUACUGGCAGCAUAUUUGCCGUAAGCUGGGCGAAGGACUCGAAGAGAUUCGUCACUGCGAGUGCGGAUCAGACUGUUAAGAUGUGGGACGUGGAAGCGGGCACAGCUACCCAUACCUGGAGGUUUGGUGGAGAUGGUGGUGUCAGUAUACAGGAUCAACAAGUGGGCGUCGUAUGGCCUCACGGACGUAGCGAUGGUCUGAUCAUCAGUCUGAGUCUCAGCGGGGAUCUCAACUAUUUGACAGAGGGAAGCUCGGAGCCAAUCAAGGUCGUCCAGGGACACGACAAGAGCAUCACAGCUAUGGCUGCAGGCUCUGGUGGCAAAGGUCAGACAUUAUUGACGGGAAGCUUUGACGGCAGAGUCUGCAGCUGGGACGUCUCCUCGGGACUGGGUACGGUUGUCGACGGACAAACCCACACGAACCAAGUCACCGACUUCGCGUCGAGUUCGGGCAGGGCAUACAGUGUUGGCUGGGACGACACGUUGCGGAUAGUGGACGAAUCUGCCAAGACGUUCGCGGGCGAUUCUCUAAAACUCUCCGCCCAGCCCAAGGGUGUUGCCUCCGCCGAUGGCCGGGUAUAUGUUGCAACGAACUCCGGUGUGGAGAUAUACGUCAAGAACCAGCUCGCUGGCAAGAUGGAAAUUUCUGACUCGCAGCCGACAGCCGUAGCAGCGCAUGGGUCGGUGGUCGCAGUUGGCUUGAGCAGCAAUGCCGUCCGGCUGUACAAGGUCGACUCGAGCAACAAGCUGACGCAGUCCAGCGAGGCCAAGAACUCGACGGCCCAGAUCACUGCCCUCGCCUUCUCGAACGACGGCUCGCUCCUCGCGGCGGGCAACCAGGCCGGCAAGAUCCACGCAUACAAGACGGACGGGCUGGAGGUGGCCACGGACAGGUGGUCGGCGCACACGGGGCGGGUUACGAGCAUCGCCUGGAACGACGCCGGCACGCACGCCGUCAGCGGCGCGCUGGACACCAACGUCUUCGUCUGGAGCCUCGCGAAGCCCGGCAGCAGAGUCAAGGCGCUGAACGCGCACAAGGACGGCGUCAACGGCGUGGCCUGGGUCGAUGGCGGUAUGAAGGUUGCUAGUACCGGUGGGGAUGCUGCGAUCAAGAUCUGGAGCGUGUCGGGCUUGCAGUGA